AUGGUUAAAUGUUUUAACAAAGAUGAUUCAUUUUAUUAUGGGCCAGAGUUUUUUGGUCUUGUUCAUUACCGUAAUGCAGUAGUGAUUGGUUCUAUAUUAGAGAUGCUAACAUUAGCUGGAAUUGUCUUUAGCUCCAUAAUAUUACAAACAAUCUAUUUAAUAACAGGAUUAUGGUCCACUAUGUUUGUUUUAGUAAUUGGUAUAACAGUUUUUAUAGUAUCUAUCAUAAUGAUAUAUGGAGUUGUUAGUGAAAAUCCAAAAUUAAUACUCCCUCAAUUGGCUAUACUUCAAAUAGAAACUACCGUUCUUAUAUUAAUAGCAAUAGUAUCAAUUUUUAGUAUGUCUUGUGGAAUUUCUGUUACAAACUAUCUUUUUAGUUUUUUUAUUAAUGUUCAGAUAACUGAAAAAGAAUUUGGUCCAAUAUGGCCAUUCAAUAUUACAGCAUUAGCUUUUGUUGGUUCAUUAGCAUGUAUAUGGUUUCAAUCAGUUGUCAAAAAUGCAUAUGAAUAUUUAUUAGAUAAAAAUUAUUUCGAUGCUUUGGAAGGAACUAAUAAUAAUAUUGAAAUGACUAGAAAUAAUAAAAGGAAAUAA